AGAGGUUGUGACACAGACUGACGUUGAAUGAAUGAAUGUACAUCCUUUUGCUUGCAGAUCACAACUUAUUUAAGUUGUAGGAGAUUCGAUUAAUUCACAAUAAUUUAUUUCUAAACUGCAAUAGGAUUAGCCAUAUACAUAUCCACAUAGUCUACCUUAAUUGGACCUUCUUUGUUAGCAAUACAAUCUUUUAUUUGCAUUCGUGGAUGGACUUGGAGAUGGAGCAGGAUUGCUGUCAUGACUAUCCCAUCUGUACACUUUGCAAUCGGAUGAAGAAUUUAUGCAAUUAUCCAUACCAUCAAUGUAUCCGCAAUUCUCUCCUGAAGAAUUCUUCAUAGCAGAACAAAAUUAUGAUUUGUUUGAAGAUACUGAAGUUGUGCUAUAUGAUGAACAUCCAUUUUGUUUAGUAUAGCAUUUACUUUAGAAAUAGGCACAAUUCAAAGCCUUCCUCUCACAAUCUGCUUGAUUACUGAC